CAUGCUGAUGACGUAGUUCAUACGCGCCGCUGUUUAUGUGAGUUGAAUUCAUUGAAACUCGUAAUAUUGUGAUACAGUCUGUCUAGCGUAUUAUGACAUGUUGAAUGUAUACGUAAAUUAAACAGAUGGACAUAAUUUGAGCGACCAUUCCGUAUUCGAGUUUGAAUCUGAGGCUGCUUAUAAUGAGGAUAAAUGAAGAUACAUUACUGGAGGGGGAGAAGGUUGUAUUAGUACCUUACAAUGCAGAUCAUGUUCCCAGGUAUCAUCAAUGGAUGUGCUCUCCUGAACUGCAGAAGCUGACUGCAUCAGAGCCCCUGACACUGGAGCAGGAAUAUGACAUGCAAAGAAGCUGGAGAGAAGAUGAUGAUAAGUGCACCUUCAUCAUCUUGGAUAAGCAGAAAUGGGCAGAUCCGAGCAUACCGGAGCAAGAGUGCAUGGUGGGAGAUGUUAACAUUUUUCUUACCGACCCCAGCGAUCCUUCCCUGGCUGAGUUGGAGAUCAUGAUUGCAGUGCCCUGCUAUAGAGGAAAGGGACUUGGAAAAGAAGUAACACGCAUGAUGAUGUGCUAUGGUAUCCAUAAACUUGGAAUUCAAAAGUUUGAAGUCAAGAUUGGUUUGGAUAACAAAAUCAGCAUUGCCAUGUUUAAGAAAUUCCACUUCCGAGAGCUCUCCAUCAGUGAAGUCUUUCAGGAAGUCACUCUUGGGGUCACCGUGAACGAUGCUUUACAAAAGCAUGUUUUUGGAAACAUGGAUUUCAUGCUGCAGAGGGAGUAUGGGAAGGCACGGGACAGCAGACAGGCACCGUUCACACCAUUAUCCCUGUGAUGAUGGUUUGCGGAAGACUAUGUGCAAAGAGAAAAGCCCUACAGUGCAUCUUAAUAUGAAAUAUUAAUCACUCAUUGUGUCAUAGAAACCUGAGGUAGCUGCCUCUAGUAGUGUUUAUCACAUUCUUGUAUGUGACAAAAUAUUUCUGAAUUUUUCAAUUCAGAACUAGGUGUGAUGACUCAACCACACAUUCAGUACUGUAUUAUUAGAAAUAUUACUGUAUUGUGAUUUUAACCUCUUAAGGCAUGGAAAUCCAAAAAAAAAAAAAACUAUAAACAAAAAUUUAGACUUUUAAUCUGCAUUUUAUUUGCAUACUGCAUGUUGUUUUAAAAACAUAAUUUACGUAGAGAAAACGGCUAUGAAUUAUAUUUGUUGCUUAUAUUAUUGUAAAUCUUUGUGAAUAUACACAAGAUACUAAUCAGUUUGUCUUUUGUCAGUUAUUUGUGUUAUAGUAAAUUUAUGGCAUUUAUCAUCCUUUCAGCAACAACAAAAAAAUUGUAUUGAAAACAAGUUUGUCAUCAGUUAAUGCUAACAAUAAAAAAGAAUCAUUGUC